AUGGGUACUAUACCAGUUCCUAACAUGCAAUAUUAUUGGACUAAGGAUUAUAUUGGAAACAUACAAUUUUUUAGAGUGAGCAACUUUCUGGAUUAUAUUGGUGACAUGUUCCGAGCGUAUUUUACACCGGAUAGAGAAAUAUCCAUCGAUGAGUCUGUUGUGAAAUUCAAGGGCAAAAUUAGCUUUAUUACAUAUAAUCCUAAAAAGCCCACCAAAUGGGGAAUCCGGAUUUAUGUAUUGUCAGACUCCCACACAGGAUACAUAUAUGCUAUGCUUCCCUACUAUGGCAGCGUUACUACAGAUAUUCUCAUCCGUCCAGACCUCCCUGUCAGUUCGAGAAUUGUCUUACAACUUUAUCACACGCUGUUGACCGCAAAUCCUGAGGCAAAGGGAUACCACAUCUUUACAGACAGAUUUUUUACAGGGAUCCCAUUAGCGCAGGAACUACUAAAACUAAACUGUUAUUUAACUGGCACAAUUAACAUAAACAGGAAAUAUGUAGCAGCUGUGAUUAAAAAACCAGCUUUAACAAAAAAUAAUACUGUCGCUGCCUACCGAUCAGGCGAUAUUCUACUAUUAGCGUGGAGAGAUAAAAGAAUAGUAACCAUACUAAGCAGUUACGACACAUCGGGUACGACAAUUGUAGAAAGAAGGAAGAAACAAGCUGGGACCAUCAACAUUAUCAAACCAAACGUGGUUAUAAAUUAUAAUAAGAACAUGGGAGGUGUGGAUAAGGCUGACCAAUUAGAAACUUCGUACUGUUUUAUGAGAAAAUCGUGCAAGUGGUGGCGAAAACUUUUUUUCUGGGGAUUAGAGAUUUCUGCAAUAAAUAGUUAUAUUUUAUAUAAGAUGUCAGCUAGAAGGGAGAGCAGAAAACCUAUGCCACAUUUUAUGUUCGUCCGAAAAUUGGUGGCACAACUGGUAGGUGAUUUUCGUGACGGAGCAGAUUCAAAACCAGGAAGACCAUCGACCUCCGAUAAGAAUGACAGACUGAAUGGAAAACUGCAUAUAUUGCGGCAUUGCCAAAAUGUAAAAAGUAAAGAUUGCACUGGUGUUAUACAUCACGAAUACGCUCCUAGAGGUCAGACGAUCAACAAAGCAUAUUAUCUUAAAGUUAUGAAAAGAUUACGUGACACAAUUAGAAGAAAACGGUCUCAGUUUUGGUCAAGCGGUGAUUGGCUUCUUCAUCACGAUAACGCGCCAGCGCAUGCAUCGAAUCUUGUGCAGCAAUAUUUGUCGAAGCACAAAGUUGUGACUGUAUAA